CAGCCAGCCGGGCCGGGCCGGGCCGGCUUCAGCCCGCCGCCGCGGCACCAUGAUACACUUUAUACUGCUGUUCAGUCGACAGGGGAAAUUAAGGCUUCAGAAAUGGUAUACGACACUACCUGAGAAAGAGAAGAAAAAGAUCGUUCGAGAAAUUGUUCAGAUUGUUUUGUCUCGCAAUCAAAAAACAAGUAGUUUUGUUGACUGGAAAGACCUCAAGCUUGUUUACAAAAGAUAUGCCAGUUUAUAUUUCUGUUGUGCAAUAGAAGACCAGGAUAACGAGCUCCUGACGCUAGAGAUCGUUCAUCGAUAUGUAGAACUCCUGGACAGAUACUUUGGAAAUGUGUGUGAGCUGGAUAUUAUCUUUAACUUUGAAAAAGCUUAUUUUAUUCUUGAUGAGUUUAUAAUUGGUGGAGAAGUACAAGACACUUCAAAGAGGUCUGCGGUGAAAGCCAUAGAAGACUCUGACAUGUUGCAGGAGACGGUGGAAGAGUACAUGAACAAACCUGCAUUUUAAUGUUAAAACUACCUGGAAAGAGAACUGCUGUAUGCACCUGCAAAAUGCAUUUGCUGAAAUUGCUUCCCAAUGUGCCAGAGAAAAACCAAAACCAAUAACUAAAAGGGUUUGUUUGUAUAAAAAAGAUGAAGGUCAGCUAAUGUAGCACAGGGUUCAACAAUUCUGUAUUUGCGUUACUCUGCGUGCAAGUUUCUCAGAAUUGUUUUUACCCUUGCUCUAGUUUCUCUUUUCCUUGCUGGACUGAACACUUGUUUUGUAUCACAUCUUUUAGCUACGGGUUUUGUCAUCAUAAAAUGUUCAUCUACCAGUACAUGGAAGAGGUAUUUCAACUACUUUUGGUCCACUGCUGACCAUAUGACUCUACUUUUGUACAAAUGUCAAUUAUUUUGAAUGUAAUGAUUAUUCUGCUGUAAUAAUAAGUUUUUUCUAAAAGAUGUAUUGUUGUG